CCCACGUGACUUUCUCUCUCCCCUUCUCAUCCACAUCAUCGGCAAUCAUGGCUGAACAACAAACCACCUUCGCCGUCUGGAAUCACGAGUGCACCCUUGGCCAACCAUGUAGCUCGCGCACCCACGUCUCGAACAACCCAACCCCCAUCCCCUACUCCGAUAUGCUCCAAGACGACGACGACGAUGAUGAUAAAGAGCUGCAAGCCGAUGAGUCCGAAGCCGAGGAAGAUGACGACGGCGAUUACUGCACCCUACGCAUCGACCUCCUGGAAAACAGCGAUGGCGACGAAGCUUGGCGUCCUGCCCCCAAGGAGGGUGAAGAUGAGGCAGAGCUUGCUGGUCUACAGCACACCAUCAAGUUUUUGAAGAACCUUGAGAGCACUUUUGGUAAAUCGCCUUGUCAAGCACCCUGGGUCUUCUGAGUCUCCUAUUCAAACCCCUGGCUGACAAUCAUAUCACCAGCCGCCAAUUACAAGAUCCUGGUCAACCCUACCGACCACACCGCCAGCUUCCCCAAAGACUAUGUCUUGACGCACAAAAUGCGCCCAAGCAACCCUAACCACCCAGGAGACUCUCAACUAUGGGGCCAUCCUUCCGGCGAGGUCUUCAGAUCUGCAUCGUCGUUCGCCGUGCACUUGCACUGGUUGAUCAGAGACGACGACGAUGGCUG